AUGUCAUUAACAUUAUUUAGUAAUGAUAAAACAAAUGAUGAUCUUGAUAUAAAUAAGCCAUUGAGUCGGGUUGGACAUUCCCUACAUUUAUACUAUGAGCUAAGUGAAACAGAUAAAAAUGAUAAUCCAAAAAAAGACAAUGAAAAAGAGGAUAUAUUUAAAAAUGAUUAUACUACAUUAAACUAUGGUGAAGAUAAUGAAAAUAAAAAAGCAUAUUACAACGAUUUAAAUCAAGAAAACAUAAAGUUUGAAAACACAAAUGAAUGGAAUGAGAUUAAACAAAAUGAUGAGAAUGUCGUAAAGAACGACAAUAAUAAUAAUAGUAAUAGGAGUUAUAAUAAAUAUAUUAAGGGGGAAUAUAAGUUAGUAUUAUUUGGUGGCGGAUUAAUAGAUGAUGAAUUUGUUAAAAACUAUUCAAAUGAAUAUACAAUGAAUUCAGAUGAAUAUAAUAUGCACAACAAUGUGUAUAAUAACGUACAUAAUGAUAUGCAUAACAAUUUCAAGAACUAUAAUACAUUAAGUAUUGAAAGAUAUUUAACUCAAACAUUUAAUGAUACAUAUAUAUGUGAAGAACACAAUAAUUAUAUGGACUCGUGGUUUCGUAUUAAGACGUAUAAUACUCCAAAAGCUAGAGCAUUUCAUGCUUCUUCAAUUGUUAAUUUAGGAAAAAAUGGUGUUUUUUUAUUUAUCCAUGGAGGGAAAGCUAAAAAUGAUGUUUUGGCUAGUAAUUCUUUAUAUGCAUUAAAUCUUAGUAAAUUAUCUUUUGAAGAUAAUACAAAUUGUAAUAAUAUAAAAAAUGGAAUAUACGAAUAUGGCGAUAGUGAUGGCCCUAAUCAGGGUAGUAAUGCAGAAAAGUAUUCAUAUCGAAAUGGUCAAAUUUAUACAAGUGAUGAAGCAAAUGGAUUUAAUGAAGAGGAAAAUAAUUCUGCUGAUGAUUCUCGGAAUUAUUAUAUGAAUGAAAAUGAUAAAAGUGAUAAUCAGAAUGACCAACCAUUAUCUUCAUCAAAUUUGGAUAAUAAUAUAAUAAAGAAAAAAAAAAAAAAAAAAAAAAAAAAAAGCCAAGAUAAUUCAAAACUAUUAAAUCAACAAGAAUCAGAAUCAUCAUAUGAAAGUUAUACCUCAAACUCAAACACAGUUUUAUCUGAUUCUUCAUUAGUAUCAUCCUCCUCUUCAUCUAAUUGCGGAUCCGAAUAUGAACCGAAUAUAUAUCAUUCUAAUUUUUACCGUGGAAAAAUAGAUAAUAAUGGCAAUAACAUGAAUGAAAAUAAUAAUAACGGUUGUGAUGACACUCUUGUAAAUUUUAGAGGGCCUGCUAAAAGUUUACUAUUAAAAAAUAAUUCUGAUUCAUAUAAUGAUUCAUAUGAAGACGGAGAUAAUAUAAUACCUUAUUAUAAAAAUGUGAAAAGGGAAUGGAUAAAAAUAAAUACAAUUGGUGAAAAACCAAGUAAAAGAUAUGGACAUACUUUAGAUUUUAUAUAUCCCUAUUUAAUUUUAUUUGGAGGAAAUGAAAAAAUAGAUGAUGAAGAAAAUAUUUUUUGUAAAAAUGAUCUAUGGAUAUUAAAUAUAACAAAAUCUAAAAUAAAGAAAAAAAAAAGAAAAAAAACAAACAACAAUAAUACCGAUCCUUUUACUAAUGAUGAAUCAAAUGAAAAGGAUACUUUAGUUUUUAUGUGGGAAGAAAUAAAAUAUGUACCUGUUGAUCCUCUUGGAAGAUAUUUUCAUGCAACUACUGUUUGGUAUGAUAAAGUAAGUAAAAAAAAUAAGUUAAUAUUAUAUGGUGGUAAAAUGAAGAGUGAUGAUAAGGUAAAUAAUAGAGGAACUUAUACUAAUGGAGCAAAUAAUAAUAGAUUAUUUAUACUUGAAAAUAUUGGAAAGCCAAAUUGUCAAUGGUCAAUAUUACCAAUAUAUUUAGAUACGAUAAAUGAAAGUAGAGCAUAUCAUUCAAUUGUUUGUAUACAAAAUUAUAUUUUUAUUAUGGGAGGAGAAGAAUAUAAGUACAUGGAAAAAGUUCCAUCCGCAUUAUAUUCAUUUGAAAAUAAAAAAUUUCAAUAUAUAAAUGAUUUUACAUCACGAAUUUUAUUAAAAUCUUAUGUAAAAGGUAAUAAUAUAUAUUCAUGGGGAGGGUUUAGCACUGUAGCAACGUCAGAUAAUAAUUAUUUUCCAAACAAUUUUGCAAUUUUAGAUAUAAACCCUCAUAUUUUAUGUAUACAAAUGAAAGAAAGUUUAGGUGAUGAAUAUGAUGAAAAUUCCAGUGUAAUUACAAAAGCAGAUGAAGAUUCAGAUGAUAAUAUGUAUAAUAAAAUUAAUAAAAGUUUUAUUAGAAUUGAAAAGAAAAAAACACAACUUGAAAAAGAUAUAUUAUAUCAAGUUAAAUUAAAUAAUAAUAUGGAAUUUCGUAUAAAAUCGCAAAUGAUACAAUAUCAAAGAUUAGUUCAAUUAUAUAAUCUUAAGCAAAGACAAAUAUAUAAUUAUAUGACAUUGCUAAAAAGAAAUGGAGAAGAAGGAAUACCCAUUAAUGGAACUGACACAUAUGGAAAUGAAUAUACCCUUAGUAAUUUAGGGGUUGGUAUGAAUAAUUUAAUGGAAAAUUAUCCUAUUUAUAAUAAUUGCUCAGGAAAUGAAAAUAUAGGUAUUCCAAUAAAUACAAACAUGGCAUUACAAAAUGAUAUAAAUAUAGAAUAUGGAUUUAAUGCAAUGCCUAUGGAGAAUAUGAAUGCAGGUUUAUUGAACCAACCAGUUAAUGUAGAUAUAAAUAAUUAUACAAGUUGUGAAAAAAUGCAAAGUAUUCCUUAUACUAAUAGUACAAAUGAAAAAAGUAAAAAUGAUGAACAAGAAGAGCAACAAUUUAUUUAUGGAAGUGAAAAUGUUGUACCUAUAAACAAUUUAAUGGACAAUAAAAAUAAUGAAAAUUAUUAUAACAUAGAAUUAAAAGAUAAUUUAUUGAAUAAUCAAAAGGGAGAAGAACUAAAACAGGGCAAUAUUCAAAAUUGCUAUGAUACAAAUAUGAUAUAUAAUAUUGAUAAAAAUUGCUCAAUUACAAAUGAUGGGCAAUUUUAUUACUAUCCUAAUGACAAUAAUAUGAUUGAUAAAAUAAAUUGGAAACAAAAUUUAAUAAAUGUUGAUACUAGUGCAAAUAUUGUAGCUAAUCCAAACAGCCAAGAAAGAUUAAAUAUUUAUGAAAAUGAGUUUAAAUCUGUCAAUCAAAAUAUAUUACUACCAACUAACUUAACUGAUAUAAAUAUGCCUAGUAAUAAUAACUUUCAAAAUAAUCCAAUUAAAUAUGAACAAAGUCAAAAUGCGGCUGAAAUAAAUGGAGGGGAGACUAUGGUCAAAAAAGAGGCACCACCUCAAAGGGCUCGACGAAAAACUGCUCAAAAAUGUAUGGAACUAAUUGAACAGGAUAUGUUGAUCAGAAAAAUGAAUGAGAAAUGA